GAAUUGAAAAUAAAGAAUAGCUCAAAAUGGGUCAUGUCGGAAAGCCCAAAAACAAUAUUGCACACAGUUUCAUUUCUUCCAAAUAACAGCAAGUCAGUAACUAACUACUAGCGAUUGAAGAAAUCUUGAAUCUUGAGACAUAAUUCAAUUUUCCUGAAUCAGAUAAUUCUAUAAAUGUCUUCAGUUAUCAAAGAAGACAGAAACCCAAGUCAUGUUAAAAGAGUAGCUGUUGUAGGUGCUGGGGUUAGUGGGCUUGCUGCAGCUUACAAACUGAAAUCACAUGGCUUGAAAGUUACAGUAUUUGAAGCUGAAGAAAGAGCUGGAGGGAAGCUGAGAAGCGUUAACCAUGAUGGUUUAAUUUGGGAUGAAGGUGCAAAUACCAUGACUGAGAGUGAAAUGGAGGUCAAAAGUUUAAUUGGCAAUCUUGGGAUUCGUGAAAAGCAACAAUUUCCGAUUUCACAGAACAAAAGGUAUAUUGUAAGAAAUGGGAAGCCAAUAUUAAUACCCACAAAUCCCAUCGCACUGAUCACCAGCAACAUUCUCUCUGCACAGUCAAAGUUUCAAAUCAUUCUGGAGCCAUUUUUGUGGAAGAAACGUGAAUCUUCAGAAACGCACAAUGCUUAUACUGAGGAAAGUGUUGGUGAGUUUUUCCAACGUCAUUUUGGUAAAGAGGUUGUUGAUUAUCUUAUUGACCCUUUUGUUGCGGGCACUAGUGCUGGAGAUCCUGAAUCUCUUUCUGUAUGCCAUUCUUUUCCAGAGCUAUGGAAUCUGGAGAAACGAUUUGGAUCUAUUAUAGCUGGGGUAGUUCAGGCAAAAUUAUCUACCAAAAGAGGGAAGAGCCAAGAAACCAAAGGAUCAUUGGUAAAGAAGAAGCAGCAGCGUGGUUCAUUCUCUUUUUUUGGUGGAAUGCAGACGCUAACUGAUACAUUGUGCAAAGCACUUGCGAAGGAUGAGCUUAGAUUAGAAUCAAAGGUCUUCUCUUUGUCUUACAAUCCUGAUUCUAAGUCAGCAGUAGAGAAUUGGUCACUUUCUUAUGCUUUUAAGGGCGCCAAGCAUUUGCAAAACUCAUCUUAUGAUGCUAUUGUCAUGACGGCACCAUUGUGCAAUGUUAAAGAAAUGAAGAUCACAAAAAACAGAAAUAUCUUUUCACUGAAUUUUCUUCCUGAGGUGAGUUAUAUGCCGCUAUCAGUUGUUAUUACCACUUUUAAGAAGGAUAAUGUCAAGAGCCCCCUUGAAGGCUUUGGAGUUCUUGUUCCUUCUAAGGAGCAACAGAAUGGUCUAAAAACCCUUGGUACACUCUUUUCCUCUAUGAUGUUUCCAGAUCGUGCACCCAAUGAUCUGUAUCUCUAUACAACCUUUGUUGGAGGGAGUCGAAACAAGGAACUGGCAAAAGCUUCAACGUAUAACAGGGAUGAUCUGAAGCAGAUUGUUACCUCCGACCUUAGGCAAUUGCUAGGAGCAGAAGGCGAGCCCACAUUUGUUAAUCAUUUCUACUGGAGUAAAGCAUUUCCAUUAUAUGGGAGGAACUAUGAUGCAGUACUUGAAGCCAUUGAUACGAUGGAAAAAGAUCUUCCUGGAUUCUUCUAUGCAGGUAACCACAAAGGUGGACUAUCGGUUGGCAAAGCAAUAGCCUCUGGAUGCAAAGCAGCUGAUCUUGUAAUAUCCUAUUUGGAAUCUUCUUCAGAUGACAAGAUGCUGAAGGAAGGGCCAUCAAAUUAGGAGUAUACUCAUCCUGCUCUUGACCCCCACUUUGAUAGAAGAAGGUAGGUUCAAAUUUGAGAUGCCUGUAUAUGGGAUCUCAGCUGUAAGCAAGCACCCAAAUCUUUAUCUUGUUUCUGCUUGAAAAUCUUGUAUGAAGGAAUCACAGGUUGAUGACAAUGAUAAAAGAUCAAGAUUCUACGCA